GAAAUGCCUCUGCAAGUUUCUCCCUCCGUCCAAUAAAUCCCCCCUCCAUUCCAUGUCCCUUUGUCAGUGCCUCCAUUUAAUUCUUGUUGCCACUCUCUCUUUCUCUCUGUCGAGCAAGAUUCGAUUUUGAUAGUCUAAUUAGCUUCGAGGAAGGAGAUUGAGACAGAGGAUUACGUCAAAAAGCUGCCUUUUUGGCUUCGAUCGAUUAGGAGUGGCACGAUUUUGGGAGGGAGCACAAAAAGGUGGCAUUUUGGCGUUAAUGGCGGAUCUUCCCGGCUCUUUUGAAUUGAAAAGCAGUGCGAAUUUUUUGUCGUCGUCCUCAUCCUCUUCGCCGCCUUCUGAUGUGGGCGGUCGGGGGAAGGACGGCGGUGGGAAGCGGCCGCGCGACCUGAGCGGGCAUCCCCUGUUUCGCGGCGUGCGGAUGAGGAACUGGGGCAAGUGGGUGUCGGAGAUCCGAGAGCCGCGAAAGAAGUCGCGAAUAUGGCUGGGGACGUUCCCGACGCCGGAGAUGGCGGCCCGCGCCCACGACGUCGCCGCGCUGAGCAUCAAGGGCCCAUCCGCCGUGCUCAAUUUCCCGGAGCUCGCCGGGAGGCUCCCUCGGCCUGCCACUCUCUGCCCUCGCGACGUCCAGGCCGCCGCCGCCAAGGGCGCCGCAAUGGAGCUCAGCGAGCGGGCGGCGGAGCCCCCGGCCGCGGCCGAGGCCGACGACGAGCUCGGGGAGAUCAUGGAGUUGCCGCCGCUCGAUGCCUGCCGCUUCCUCGACUCAGCCGAUUCCAGUUUCGAGUUCCUGUACGACGACUGGGUCAACUCCUGGUUGGACCCGCCGCAUCUGCUGCCCUCGCCGGAGUGCGGGGAUCCGCUCUGGGCGGCGCCGGAGGAAUUGUUCCCCGCAAGCUUCGAUGCACUCCUAUGGGAUUAAUUCCGUACUUAAAAUUCAAAAACCACCUCUAAUGUUCAUCAAUCUCCCUAUGCCCUUUAGUUUUUUCCAUUAGGGCCCUUGCAUUUUCAAAUAUUCCCUGUGUGAAUUUUCCAUGUUUUAAUAACUAAACACU